AUGGGCACAUUCGUCCCUCGCCGAAUGUACCCGCACCUUGGGUCGAUACCUAGAUCCUACUACCUGGGCCACCAUGCGGCCGGCUUGUCCAAGAUGAAAUCCAUGAUCUCGCAGAUCGAUCUUGUCAUUGAGUGCCGAGACUACCGUACACCUCUUGUAUCUCGUAACCCGCUGUUCGAGGCCAACCUCGGCGAACGGCCACGACUGAUAGUUUACACCAAGCAAGAUCUGGGGAGUAAUUUCACAAACGAGGACAAGCAGCGGGAAAAGAUAAUCAAGAAAUGGGAUGCUCCAUCCACCUCGUUCUUUGCCGAUGUAAAAUCCCGCGUUGCCAUCAACCGAGUCCUCGAGUUUGCUCGGGCGCAUGCCAAUGCCUCGACCUCCCUCUUCGGCACCCGUCUUAUGGUUGUGGGCAUGCCCAAUGUUGGCAAGUCGUCUCUCCUCAAUGCGUUGCGAAAUGUCAGCUUGGGUAAGAAGAAGGCUGCAAGAACCGGAGACCAACCCGGAGUGACGAGGAAAAUUGGCAGCGACGUCAAAAUAAUAGACGCAGAAGAUGGUCGAGAAGCGGUAUAUGUGCUAGACACACCAGGUGUCUUCGUCCCCUACGUCCCUGACGCCGAGAGUAUGCUGAAGCUCGCUCUUUGUGGAAAUGUCAAAGACACCAUUAUCCCACCAACGACCAUCGCCGAUUACCUUUUGUACCACCUCAACCUUCAAGAUCCAACUUUGUACAAUAUGUUUUCCGAACCGACAAACGAUAUUUUUGCUGUGCUGGAGGGACUUGCGCGGAAACAGGGUCGCCUGAAAAAGGGAGGGAUGCCGGACUUUGAGUCUUCAGCUCUGCAGUUUGUGCAGAAAUGGAGAAGUGGGCACAUGGGUAAAUUUGUGUUGGACGACGUGACCGAAGACGCAUUGGCUGCGAGGACUCGGGAACUGGAGUUCUUGGGAGGCAGCAUGAAUCAAGCUCGCAAAGCCGCGAAACAACAGAAGAAGGACGCCUAUCUGGAAGCAGACUGA